UCUAUAUAUACAUCCCAAAGAGGCUGGUGCUCACAGGCACAGCUGGACUACUGGAUAACUGGACUCUAUCCCACUGGAUAUUUAACUAGAAAGGCACCACCAAGGUCUCUGGCUGUGGAAAACUUAUUAGCUUAGUUAGGGUGAGAUACACAAUACAAAGAUGAACAGUGUGGCAGAUUGGCUCGUCCAGAACAGGGACAAGAUUGAGAAAGGUGUGGAGAUCAUGGGGCAAGCCUCCGAGGUGCUCGCUUCAACUGUGGGUCAGCUUCAUCCCGUGCUGGAGGCAGUGUUCGUGGCUUCAGCCGAGCUUCUCAGCAACCCGGAUGGCAAGGAGGCUCGCUACCUGACCCAACAAUUCGAAAUCGUCAACCAGCAACUCGAAGGAAUCCAAGAUGAGAUCGAUAAAAUUGCCCUGGAGCUGCAGAAGACGUCAAUGAACAAGCAGAACUUUGAUCGAGAGGCACAGAUGCUCAGCCAGUAUGAAAAGUUCCAAGACUUCGUCAACGCCAAGCCGAAGUUCCGGGAGAAGAAGAUGCAGAAGUUCCUCAGCCAUUACGAGAACACAGAUGGCGACUUGAACUUGGACGCACUCUACAAUUCCGUCACUGGGGAGAACACUUCAGGAGACCCUAUGCUGGAAACAGUAGUCACCAUAGAGCAGAGAAGCAGACGAGCAGUGGAGGAUUUCUGUGCCCGUCUGAAGAAGCUUUUUGUUGUAGGUAUUAUCGCCGUCAUGGGCCAUGCUGCCCUCAAGGAAGGAGCAGUGGGCGAGGACAUGGUGAAGAAGUGGCAGGGACGCAUGGAGGAAGUGGAGAACCGAAUGAAAGCCGCAGUGGAUGACUGUACAGAGAACUUUGCAGAGCAAGCCAAGGUGGACAUGGAGCACCUGCUUCAGGAGAAUUCCGGCACCAUUGACGCCAACUUUACCAAAUCCCUCCUGGAUUCACUUGUGAAGAAAUACGACUGGGUGAACUGGUCCAUCAGGGCCUUCAGCGACAAGGAGCGCAUUUUCUUCUUCAACUGGCUGGCAGGAAAGAAGUACCACGGGAGCGGAGGCGCCAACUGGUUUGAUGUUUUGACCAAGAACAGGCUCAAAGUGGUGGUCUCCUUCUGCGUCGACCCCAAGCCCAUCAACAAGAAACAGAUCCAGGAGCAGCUGGAGGCGCAGAAGCUGAAGGGGAACAUGAUGAAGGUGGCUCUGUCUUUGCGCAAGAGCUUCCCCAACUGCCUGGUGCACGCUGUCAGCCAUUACAAGCAGGUGGUGGAGACCAACAACUUCCAUGAGGACUGUUACUACUUUGUAAAAGACAAGAGAGCCUACCUGUGUAUCCACCCUGAGUAGGCUACAUAAACUGUAGCUGCUCCCACGAAGAAUCAACCUACAAAUACAUUCAUGAAUGUCUGGAAAUAUCUCCAUCAGAUAAAGAAAUCUUUCCGUAAAUAUCGUCUGUGUUGAUGCAUAUUCUGCUCUGUCUGCUCACCUGAAAUCUAUUCUUUUACAAACAGAGUAAAUCUUCCGUCUGCUUGAUGAAGCAGCAGCUUGAGGGUGUUAUAGAAAUGUGAAGUUUAUUCUGUAAAACAUAACCGUAAGCCGUCUUUUCCGUGACUCGCUCGCUAACUUCUGGCUAUCGUCUCUGCUUCAGUGGUGUAUGUCUCUCCGGCUGAGGGCAGCGGGGCAGCCGGUUGGUUAGUGACAGACAGGUACGCCAGCAAAUCGUGACUAACAAAAUGAAAUGAUCCGUCCUGUCGUGCUAGCUUUUUUUUUAUUAAUUGAUGGCUCUUGGCACGUGAGGUAGGUUUCAAUAUUCAAGAAACCAACCCUACGUUUAAGUGUUAUGAAACCUAUAAAGAUUAGAUAUGAGCAGGGGUGGGCAAUAUGACGAUGUUAGUCUGCUAGCUGAUAUAUCUAAGGAACCCUUAUCUUUCGAUCCAUCUCCAGGUGUAUCACACGAGUGACCACUCCUAGAUAUCUUAUAUCCAAAUAUCCAAUCAUUUCUUUUGCUGCUUUUGGUGCAAUAAAGUGCUGCGGGGGAAACUUCUAAAAUCUUUAGUCUACAAUCUUUACCGAGACACUUGUGUAUAUUUCACUUUAAUUUGUAAUAAACAACAAAUAAGAAUG